CAGAGGAGCGCGGCGCCAGAGCGCAGCAGCCACGGACGCGUCUUGCGAGAGCAGCAGCAGCAGCAGCAGCCGAAAGCGCAUCGCGGAGCGGCGGCAGCAGGGCGAAGCCAGGCCUCCUCCUCCUCCUCCUUCUCCUCCUCCUCCUGGUCCCGGUCCCCGUCGUCCCCCCGCCUCGGCCCAGCUAUGGGGAAGGUGCAGCUGUUCGAGCUCCGCCUGGGCGACAGCCGCGUCGUCUACAGCCCCGGCGAGCCGCUGGCCGGCACCGUCACCGUCCGCCUGGCCGGAGCGCUCCAGUACCGCGCUAUCAAGGUGAGCUGCGUGGGCUCCUGUGGGGUGUCCAACAAAAUAAAUGACACAGCGUGGACAGUAGAGGAACAGUAUUUCAACACCUCUCUCUCCCUGGCUGAUAAAGGAACCCUGACAGCUGGUGAGCACACAUUUCCUUUCCAGUUCUUGCUUCCAGCUUCAGCGCCCACGUCCUUCGAAGGCCCCUUUGGGAAGGUUGUGCACCAGAUCAAAGCCGUGAUAGAGACGCCACGAUUUUGCAAAGACCACAAGUGCAGUAAGAACUUCUACGUCCUCUGCCCUUUGAACCUGAACGAUAUUCCUGAAAUUGAGCAGCCAAACACAACGUCGGUCACCAAGAAGUUCAGCUACAAGCUCGUGAAAACCGGCAACGUGGUCUUGACGGCCACCACGGACCUCAAGGGCUACGUCGUGGGGCAAGUCAUCCACCUGCGGGCAGACAUUGAGAACAAAUCUGGCCGGGACACCGGCACCAUUGUGGCAAGUCUUAUCCAGAAAGUUGCCUACAAAUCCAAGCGGUGGAUCUACGACCUGAGGACCAUCGCGGAGGUGGAGGGCUCAGCCGUGAAGGCCUGGAAACGCGCCGAGUGGAAGGAGCAGGUCCUCGUGCCGCCACUGCCACAGUCUAUUCUGCAGGGCUGUAGCCUCAUCCACAUUGACUACUAUAUCCAGGUUUGCCUCAAGUCUCCCGACGUUUCCGUCACUCUGCCUAUCUACAUCGGCAACAUUGCGGUGAACCACGUCCCCCUGAGCCCGUCACGGUCAGUCCCCCACAUCCCAGUGGCCGUGGUUCCGAGCGCGCCGCCUGAAGAUGAGGACGCCGCUGCCGCUGCCGCCUACCUCCACCCUAUGGACAGCGUUUCCAUCCCCACUAAGAGCCAUUCACAACAGCAGCCCUUCAGCUACGCCCCAAACUUGACCUUCCCAGAAGCGAGGCUAGACUCUGAGCAGACGAGCUCGCCAAACCAUCCCACGCUUUGCCUGUCGACGGGGGCAACCAUCCCUUAUUACGCCGAGGGGGCAGUCAUUCCAGUUGCCACAGCCAGCUCCCUCAUCCUGCCUCCGGAGUAUAGCACCUGGGGCUACCCCUACGAGGCCCCCCCUUCCUACGAACAAAGUUGCAGCAGUGCGGCCUCCAGUCUUAGCAAUGGCAACUAGACUCAGGCCAGGAGCCCUGCCUGGCUGGGCUGAGUUGGGAGCAAAGACAGUGCAAAGCGUUGCCCGGCGGGGCCCCCGCCUCGCCGCUUCAUACCACAGACUCUCUGGCAACCGCUCGCCUGCCCCACGGACGCCUUGUGCAACGCCCUCUCCUCGUACUGUUUAGUCCACCAUCUCACGUGCUGCUUUACUAUACGACGACCCGUGAUGCCUUAUCUGAAAUGCUACCGAGUCAUCUUGUAUGGGUGGUGGGUGGAUUUUUUGUGUGUGUGCACGUGUGUCACUUUAUUUCAACCUCCCCACCCCACCCAAGUCUGGUGCCCUCCAGGUGUGUUGGAUUGCAAUCCCCAUCAUCCCUAGCGAGCAUUGUAGUCCGACGUAUCUGGAAGGCACUAGGUUGUGGAGAGGCUGCCUUAUCUGUGGGAUGGGUAUGGUGGUGGAGGUGGUGGUGGGCGGUUAAACCUGCAAGGCAAGGGUGAAGAGGGUGUGACCCUCCAAAUGUUGUUUGACUACAACUCCCAUCAGCCCCAUGCUGGCUGGGGCUGAUGGGAGGACAAGAACACCUGGAGGGCCACCACCAUUUGUAUCUCCCCUUGAUCUUCUCCAUCAGAAAUGGUCCAUGUGCCCUGCUCCAGUAGGGCACCCUCUAGGGGGCAGGGCAGGGACUGCAGGGGAACUGCGGUCAAUAUUCCCCUGGCAUAGAAUGAUUGCAGGAAAAGCCGAAAAGAUCAACGCCCUCCUCAACUGACGCGCUUCUUAGCAGUAAUGUUUGCUCUCCAAACUCUGUGCCUAGGAAGGAGAGAGAUUCUUCUCCAUGAUGGGGGAAUGUACUUCCCAAAGAACAAGAUGGUUCUGCAGCUAAUAAGACAGACACCAACCUUUUUUCAUAGCACUGAAACAGCCUUAGGUAGAAACUCUCUUAUUUAUGCCCCUUCCCCAGACCCCCGCCGAAGGGCUUUAUCCUACUGAGUCCUGCACUGGCCCGGAUCCAAACCUCUUGAGUGUUUGCAGGAGCUGUUCUUCAUGUUUCUCUCCACCCUCGCUGUGACUUUGAGCUGGCUGGAACACUACUGACAAUCACGGCUUUGUCCUCAUUCUACCUCUGGUGUCUCGUCUCCUGAGAAAUGGGCCUUUUCAAAAAGAAAGAAAGAGAAAGACAGACAUCCUUUUGUAAAGUAGAGAUCUUAAUACCUGUUGCUCUCCAGGCGGCGCGCCCCUCUGCCGCUCACCUCGCCGGCGGAUCUUGGACAGGCGAGGUUGGCUGGCUAUUUUUAUUUAGGUUUUUCCUGUGCCCCCCUCCAGAUAUUGCCAGACGCCAAGUCCCAUCAGCCGCAGCCAGCACGGCCAGUGGUCAUGCAUGAUGGGAAUUGUAGUCCAGUAACAGCUGGGAGUGCCCCACCCAGCUUCAAAUGGAGUUCCCUUGGGUGUUCUCCAGCAGGGCCCGGUUCCUUCCCGUGCUCGGAACUACCAAUAUCCGAGUAAUUUCAGGGCAGCUUCGGACAGCUUGUGUGGUGGACCUGGUGGGCGUAACGCUUUUUGAAUCCGGCUUGUUCUAAGCGCCAUCUCUCCCCCACCUCCAGGACAGGAAGCCUUUUUCACAGCUCGCCUCUCUCUGUGUGUCCUUUUGCACUCCCCCACCCCACCCCAAAUCCCUUUCAGGCUGCCCUCAGCAACACGGACGUGAAUGUUGACACUCCCCUUGCACUAGCUGCUUUUAAAGAACGACUGGUUCUCUGUCUCUUUUUGACCAUUUUGUCUUUUUUGGAUCAACUUGUUUUAAUGGUGAGAUUUCAAAAUACAAAAUUUUAACGUAUUUAAUAAAUUAUUCUGAGAAAAUCGUAA